AUGGCUUCCGAAGGCUCCGACGAGGUUGCUACGAACCUCAACCUCACGAUCGAGGAGAAGCAGGUCUAUGGCCAGCUCUUUCGCCAGGCCGACCCCGAGAGCGUCGGCAUUGUGAUGGGCGAGGUCGCCGUCAAGUUCUUUGAGAAGACCCGACUCGACUCGCGCAUUCUUGGCGAGAUUUGGCAAAUUGCCGACAGAGAAAACCGCGGCUUCCUGACACCCGCCGGCUUUGGCGUCGCCCUGCGCCUCAUCGGCCACGCGCAGGCUGGCCGAGAGCCUUCGCCCAACAUCGCUCUGCAGCAUGGCCCCCUCCCCCGCUUCGAAGGCGUCGUCACUGCUGCGGGCGCCCUUCCCUCGCAAGGGCAAGGGCCGGCUGCCGGUCCGCUCUCUGCGCAAGGAACAGGAGCGGGCGCGCAGCAGCUGGCAGCACAGGGCACCGGUCCUGGUGCCGCGACCCGCGUGCCGCCACUGUCGCCCGAGAAGGCCGCGCAGUAUGCCCGCGUUUUCCAAGACCAGACGCGCGGCGAGUCCGUCAUGUCGGGCGACGUGGCCCGGCGUAUCUUUGAGAAGUCGGGCCUUGGCAUCGAAACGCUCGGCCGCAUCUGGCAGCUGGCCGACACGGAGCAGCGCGGCGCGCUCGUCCAGACCGAGUUCGUCGUUGCUAUGCACUUGUUGACGUCCACCAAGUCGGGCACGCUGCGCGCCCUGCCUGCCAUGCUGCCGGCUGGCCUGUACGAGGCUGCGACACGCGGUGUGGCCGCAGCGUCGCCCGGUCCCGGCGGCACUAUUGAGCCCUCUGGGCGGCGGUUUCGGCGCUGGCGGGAUCCUGCCCCCGCCCCGACCGCCUCCAUCUCUCGCCAGCUGACCGGCCAGUUGACGGGCCACGCGCGUCCUGCGCCGCCCAACUUCUCCAACAGCCCACUCGGUCGCGCAGCCGCGCCCGCUGCGGCGCCCGCUGCCACUGGACCCGAGUGGCUCAUCACACCCGCUGAGAAGGCGCGUAUGGACCCCGUGUUCCAGAGCCUCGACAAGACACGCAAGGGCUACAUCACCGGCGAGGAAGCCGUGCCAUUCUUGACACGGUCGGGUCUGGACGAGGACACGCUCGCACAGAUCUGGGACCUGGCCGACGUGAACUCCGAGGGACAUCUGACGAGCGAUACGUUCGCCGUGGCUCUGUAUCUUAUCCAGCAACAGCGCCAGCGGACCGACGGCACAAGCGCCCUGCCUGCCAAGCUGCCCCCCAACCUUGUGCCCCCCAGCCUGCGCAGCAAGGUCGGGACGGCCAGCCCAGCGCCCGCGGUCGCCCCGCCUCCUCCUCCGCCGGCGCAGCCCAAGUCGGCGAUGGACGACCUGUUUGGCCUCGACACGGGCGCGUCCUCGACACCUUCUCUGCCGGCUGCCCCGGCAGGUGUGUCCGACCCGUUCGCCACCAGCAGCAGCCCUGUCCCGCCCAGCUCGCCUACACGAUCGCCCACCGUCAACACGACCACCUUCAAGCCCUUUGUGCCUUCGUCGUCCUUUGGUCGUUCCCUGACGGCGCAAGUUACGGGCGACUCCAACAGCUCGGCGCCCUCGGCAACCGCCAAAUCGGCACCACCUUUGCCCCAGCAGCCGUCGGGUGCGCAGAGCGCGGCCAAUGACCUUCUUGGCGGCGACGACGGCGAGGCGAGCCGCAACCUGUCCAAUGACACCGCAGAGCUGGCGAACCUGUCGAACCAGAUCGGCUCGCUGUCCAAGCACAUGCAGGACACGUCCGCGCACCGCUCGACUCUGCAAAACGAGCUGAGCCAGACCAGCACCCAGAAAAAGAACUUUGAGCAGCGCCUGGCCCAGUUGCGGACCCUGUACGAGAAAGAGGCUCGCGACGUGCGUGCCUUGGAGGAGCAGCUGAAGACGUCCCGCAGCGACACCAAGACCCUGCAGACGCAACUGUCCACGCUGCAGGCCUCGUAUGCAGAUCUUCAGACGCAGCACCAGACGAUCUCGUCGGCGCUGCAGGCGGACCAGCAGGAGAACGCGAGCCUGAAGGAGCGCAUCCAGGCCGUCAGCGCCGAGGUGAACCAGCUCAAGCCCCAGAUCGAAAAGUUAAAAUCUGAGGCGCGUCAACAAAAGGGCAUCGUGGCCAUCAACCGGAAACAGCUGUCCCUCGGCGAAAGCGAGCGCGAUAAGCUGAAGACGGAGGCCGACGACGUGACGCGCCAGAACCAAGACCUUGCCCGCCAAAUACAAAACGCCAGCGUCGUCUCGAGCGCUGGCUCCGCGGCCGCCAGUCCCUCCGUUGCGUCGGCGUCGGGUAAGAACCCGUUCUUCCGCCGCACCGGCAGCUCCGACAUCAUGGGCGUAUUCUCGUCGCCUACGCAAGGCCAGUCGCCGCAACAGCUUGGUGAGCAGUCAUUUGACGACGUCUUCGGCCCCGGCCCGGCUGCUCCCGCUGCUGCUGCUGCUGCCCCUGUGGUCCCUGCUGCCCCUGCCGCCGUGAACGCGGUCAAGCCGCAGUUUACAGGCGCUUCCACCGGAUCCUCGUCAUUCUCUGCCGUGACGGCGCCGACGUCCGAGACUGCGACACCGGAUAUCAACCGUCCAGGCACAGAUGCCACACCGACCGCCGCUGCCGCCGAACCUACCAGCCAAACGUAUUUCCAUCCCCUUGCGACCACGACCACCUCGCCUCCACCAGCCACUGAGGCUGCCGUUGCGCCGCCUUCUGCGUCCCCCAACGUCGCGUCCCCGGCCGCCAGUGUGGCGUCGCCUGUCCCGCCUGUCGACAAUGCUUCCGCUGCCGCGUCUCCCGCGCCAGUCGUAUCCAAGGAUGUGCCUUCUAGCACCUCCCAUGGUACCGAGGCACAGACGUCUUCGUCGUCGGUCUUUGGUGGCUUCGGUGCCACGGCCGCUGCCGCUGCAGCUGCUGCCGUCACGGCAGCGACGGCCGGCGUUGCGGCUGUUGUUUCCGGCACUGGCGAUGCGACGUCUCCCGGGGACGAUGCCGACAAAGGCAAGUCUGUAUGGAGCCAGGGCCACGUCGCGAACGACAGCCUGUCGGAUCCGUUCUCGGCAAAGGACCAGCAACAGGACAAGGCCAAGGAAGACUUUGAGUCUGCCUUUGCCAGCUUUAAGGCAGCCCGUUCUGCCGAGCCGUCUGGCCACGACGACGACGCCUUUGAGGUGAAGUCGCCUGCCGGCGCUGCCGCGCCCAGCACCGCUGCGACCGCGACGAAAGCUGAAGAUCCCGUCAACACAGAUACCUCCAAGGCCUUUGCCAAUUUCAACACGGAGUUCCCGCCGAUCUCUGAGCUGCACAACGACGAGUCCGACUCGGAUAGCGAUGGUGGCGGCUUCGACGACGACUUUGCGCCUGUGUCGCCCAAGAACAACCAGAGCGAGAAGGCACCAGAGACAGCGCCAGCAUUGGCAGCCGCUACGGUCCCGGAGGCCGCGCACGGAGACCGUUCAGGCCCCAAGGAUGCCUCUCCCGCAGCGGCAGAGUCUACUCCCGCUGCUUCGGACAUCUUCUCCACCCCUGCUGCUGCCACGCCCAAUGUUUUCAGUGCCCCGGCCCCGAGCGCCAGCUUGGAUGAUAUCUUUAGCGCACCGGCAACUUCGGCUCCGGAACCGGCCCCUGCGGUCGCGUCAACUGCAGCACCCACUGCUGCGGCUACAGCACCGGCAACCAUGGCCGCCUCGGACGACGACGCGUUUGAUGAUCUUGACGACGACUUUGAGGGGCUCGAGGAGGCCCGCGAGGGAUCGGCCGACGACGAUUUUGCAAACGUCAACCGCUCGGCGCUCGACGACUUCCAAUCCACCUUUGAGUCGUCGCCCACGGGCAAGUUCGACUCGCAGAACUCGUUUGGCGGGGACAGCAGCUUUGACUUCUCUACGCUCGGCGCAUCCUCCGCGUCGGCCGGCACAGCUGCAGCUGCCGCGCAGGCCGUUAAUGGUACCAAGGCGGCAACGGGUGACGCGGGCGACUGGUUCUCGUUUGCGGGUGACGAAGCAAAGCCGGCCGCGGCAUCGGCUCACGCUGACUCUGGUCCGUCUGCUGCCACCGACGACGCUGCCCGACCUGCCACCCUCAACCGGCUGGACACGCAGAACAGCACAAACGACGACCCGAUCCUGCGGCAGCUGACGGGCAUGGGCUACCCGCGUGCCGUGGCCCUGAGCGCGCUGGAGAAAUACGACUACAAUGUGGACCGGGCUGCUAAUUUCCUCGCCAACGAGUCCUAG